AUGUCACCCGCCGAAUCUGCACUCCCACCUCUCAUUGAUCUCACAAUGGAAGGCAUUGCUCCCACAACCACAACCGCAACAGUCCCGGAUGCCUCUGCCAUUGAUGGCCUCCUGUUUGAUUACAACCAAGUUGCUCAUCCAGAGGAUCCAGAUGCAUCCGGCGAAAUUGUGGACCCAGGUGAUCCGAGCAACCUGGUCCCAGAAUAUAACUCCUCUGAUGACAUGGAUGUUGAGGUGGAGGUGAAGGUUGAAGAGUCUUCUGAGGAGAUUUAUGCGAGUUUCAAGUUUCAAGAUUCGAGUUGCGACUUUCGAGUUUCGAGUCGAGUACCGACACCCGACACCCAAGUACUGACACCCGAGUACCAACACCUGAGAUUUGGUACUCGGUACUCGGUACUCGGUACUCGGGUGUCGGGUGUUGGGUGUCGGUACUCAGAUUUAUAUUCGAGUUUCGAGUUUCGAAUCGAGUACCGACACCCAACACCCAACACCCGACACCCGAGUACCAAUGAUACACACGAAUCACCGAGUACCGAGUACCGAAUCUCGGGUGUCGGGUGUCGGUACUCGGGUGUCGGUACUCAACUUGAAACUCGAAACUCGCAUAAAUCUGAGUUUCGAAUCCCGAGACUCGAAUCACCAAGUACCGAGUACCGAAUCUCGGGUGUUGGGUGUCGGGUUACCAACACCCAACACCUGACACCUGAGUACCAAGUACCGACACCCGAGAUUUGGUACUUGGUACUCGGUGAUUUAUGUGUAUCAUCGGUACUCGGGUGUCGGGUGUCGGGUGUUGGGUGUUGGUACUUGAUUCAAAACUCGUAUAAAUCUGAGUUUUCACGAUAUUAUGUCUGUACAUCAUCAAGCUAUCUUCCAAAAAUAUAUAUGGCUGUGUGUGAGGAUGGAAAGGGAAGAGAAAACACAGAUGAAGCAGGGGAGUUGAAUGGGAUGAUGUAUCAAGACUCUAAGAGUCGAAGCCGUGUGAGUGCCUUAAGCGAGCAUGACUCGGUACUCGGGUGUCGGGUGUUGGUACUCAACUCGAAACUCGAAACUCCUAUAUGA